ACUAAAGCAAGGAUUGUUCAAGUUAGUUGAAAAUAGACCGUCUCUGGUUAAAUUAGUUCUACACCAAGCCUUUAGGUGGCAGUAAAACUAAUUGGCACAAUGCGAAUUCCACACACAAGCCACAAAGAAGCCAUCAGCCGCGGUCAACAUCACCUUCCUGAUUGAACAGAACGACAGAACCACGCGUUGUCUGUGUGGUUUACAAGUUUCUUGGCGAUAUGGGGGAAAAGUUCCUCACAUACCAACGGAAAAUGGGCGUCAUAUACAUGCAGUCACACAGGGGUUCCAAGACCCACCGGCGUAAAAUCAAGUCAAAGGCUGCUGUCUCAUAAUAUGGCGAAGACGAGUCACCUGAAGGCCUAACUCGCCAUAGAAGACUGAAAGAAUUGUCCUGCAGGAUGCUGUGUCCUGCAAUCCUGUGUACUGUGCUACAGACGCAUGUGGAGGUCAACCCAAAAUGGGCACAGUCUCACCGCAGAAGAGUGAAAGAGGAUCCUGGCAGGGAGACGGUAGAGUCCUGCAGAAUGGUGAUGGGCCAAUCUUACAAGAGACCACAGAAAACUGAUAUAGUGAACUAUAGAAACAACAGUGCCUGCUGCAGUAUAAUGAGGACACCCUGAGCAGAGAGCUCCAAUAGACCCAGGUCCAGUGUCUUGGCAGGGUGAAAUGGCACUGAUAUGGUGUCCUGCAGGAUGCUGUGUCCUGCAAUCCUGUGUGCUGUGCUACAGACGCGUGUGGAGGUCAACCCAAAAUGGGCACAGUCUCACCACAGAAGAGUGAAAGAGGCUUUAAAACUUAAGGCCACCGCUAUGGAGGGAGCGGCUGCAACCGCCACCAGCGCAGCAGCUGCCCAACAAGCUCGACCCUCCGAUUCCUCCACCUCCAGCUCCUCCACCUCCUCUUCAAGUGACUCGGAGCCAGAGAGGAAGAGAAAGAAGAGGAACAAGAGAGACAGGAAAAAGAGAGAGAAGAAGAAGAGGAAGGACAAGCACAGACAGACAGAAGGAGAGAACUUGCGAACACUUGCACCCUAUUGCGGAGCUCGCCUUCAGUAUCACCGCGGAAGGGCCUCUGCUACAUGGCGAAGAAAAAAAAUAGAUCUUUGGCAUUUUAGGGAUAAGAAACGAGCGGAGGUGUCCCAUCCUGUGGCUGGUGAGGAGAAGAGGACGGGAGAAUCUUAUCCCAAUUGUGGUCAAGCAUGUGCGUCCAGGAGCCACCCUGAUCAGUGAUGAGUGGCGAGCAUACAGAGGCGCAUUAGCUGCCAUUGGCUACACUCACUUCACUGUUAACCAUUCAAGAUGGUUUGUUGAUCCAAACAGUGGGGCCCAUACACAGCACCUUGAGAGGGGUUACUGCCACACUUAUUGUGUGUGUGUGUGUGUGUGUGUGUGUGUGUGUG